GGGAUCUCGAUACUGGGGUCUAGGAUCUCGAUAUUGGGAUCUAGGAUCUGGGCUCCAGGAUCUGGGCUCUAGGAUCUGAGUUCUGAAUGGAUGUUAGGUUACAGGCUCUAGGCGAUAGGUCCCCGUGGUGUGGCCGACGUAUCUCGCAUCUCGCAUCUCGUAUCUCGCAUCCCGCAGUCGUCCCGGUGCGGCUGGAUAUGUCGCUUCGCCUUGCAGCAGUGCUUCACACAGAAGCCCGUCUCUCUCUCCACGGCUGUCUCGCUGUCCACGGCUGUCUCGCUGUCCACGGCUGUCUCGCUGUCGUUGGUCUUGUCGCUGUCGCUGUCGCUGCCGUUGGUCUUGUCGCUGUCUAUCUGCGAACGCUGUACACAAGCGCGCAUACUCACACCAAGCACUGGGGCGCGCGCUGCGUGACUCUCCUCCUCUGCGUGCCCCUCCAUCGGCAUCGCCGUCACCGCCAGAAGCCGCUCGCCCAUCGGCCGCUCCGGAACGCAGGUACCUCACAACAUGUAGUCUGCGGAUUCGACCGCGUCGCGCCGCGCCGCGCCGCAACGUGCCGAGCGGCGAGCUCGGAGACUUGGCUGCGCGACGUCACGCCGGCGUGGCUCAUCCACGAGUCUCGCUGUGGCUCAGAACCUCACUUGCUGUGCUGUAUCCACAUAUGUAUCUCGCUGCGGCCCAUCCCCACGACUCACCAUGCCUCAACCCCUCGCUCGCCGUGCCUCAACCCCUCAAGCCGUCUAACUGACCUACUGUACAUCCAAAAUAAGGUUCAGACACACCUACACCGACCGGGGUCUGGAUACAAUAACCGACGCCGGCUCGCGCGGGUGUGCGCGGGAAACCUUGUUGGAAAGCUUGGCGGUAACGUCGUGGGUGCGUUUCUGAAUGCAUGUAGGUGUGUAGAUAUCGGGGUUGUAUGGGCGGGGUCGGGGGUGGAGUUGAGGGUGGUUGUGGUUGUGUGGUGGUAAUGAGGCGCGGUGGGCGGAGUAUGAUGGUAGGGUGGGUGCUGAGUGAUGGUUGAAUAUCCUGGGAGGCUCUGGGCGCGAAAUGGCGGUCGGAGAUGCGUAUGUACAUACGAAGACGGACGGGGUAGUGUUGAGGUCGUGGGCACGUGACUGGUGUGGAGGUGUAGUGGCGUGGUGAGGAGUCUGGGCUUUCUGUCAGGCACUGCUGGCUAGUAGUGUAUCCUAGAUUGUUAGUGGAUCUGGUUUCUGCGUACUGGACUUGUCAGAGCAAGUCUCGUUGGGCGCUGAUUCAUUUCCACUUACCAUGAUAUGCCAGGGGCCUCAA